AUGUCCAAUCAACAACCAUCGCAGCUCAUUUCAUUGCAGCAAGAUGGUUUAUACCUUCUCGACUUCAACAAAACAACAUCAUUGAAACUCAAUUUGCCCUUUACAUUACCGCCCCCGACCGAACCUGUCUGUAUUCUUCAUUGCCGUGGAAUCAUGUGUCUCACACUUGAAGGCCACAAUGACCUAGCCAUCUGGAACCCGAGUUCCAAAGAAUUCAAGAGAAUAAUGAUGUUUAAUUCGCGUCAAACAACAAAUCCUUUGGGAUUCGGUUAUGACCGAUUCUCUGAUGAUUACAAGAUCGUGACUAUAAUCGAUCGCAAAACCUUUAUCUACACUUUCAAAGAAAAAUCUUGGAGAGAAAGCGUGACGCGAGAUACUUCUCUUGAUUGCAAAUUUAAAAACCGGACCGGUACGGUUGAGGACCAUUGUAUGUAUUGGAUAGCAGACCGGUCAUACAUCAAGAACCCUUGUAAGGAAAACACCAUCCUAUGUUUCGAUUUUGUCAACGAAGAGUACAAAGAACUGAACCUUCCGAUAACUUGUAAGCAGAAAUUUAGUUCCUGGUUAGGGGUUUUAAGGGGAGAGUUAUACAUUAUCGAGCACUACCCAUGUAUAAAUAAUGACAUAUGUGUAUGGCGUCAAAAGAGUAGCGACAAGAAGAUCAAGAAAUGGCAAAGUGAACCAUGGAUCAAUAUGACCAAACAUCUUAAAGAAUUCAAAAACUUUGAAGUUGUGUUUGCGUGCAUAGCAAGAAACGAUGACGUCUUCAUAGUGGUGAAAGAUACAAGAAAUGGAGACGGGAAAGUUAUGGUGUACAAUAAGGCCCGAGAGAAGUUCAUUGAAGUUCCAUUUGGUAGUUCGUUGAAAGGGUUUAGAUGUAUGAGUGAUUAUAUAUGUCAGUCAGGGACGUCUCAAACUUAA